UUUACUUCUCCUUUCGUUAGCAGGCAGGCAAGAGGCGACAAGGACGCGCAUCAGGCGGCCCCGAUGGAGAAGUCCAAAAACUUUCGAAUUGACGCGCUGUUAGCAGUCGAUACCCCCAAAGUGCAGACCUCUCCGCUGGCGCUGGUCACUUCCCUGUCCUCCUCCUCCAUCAUCCCGUCCCGCGUUGGAUCCUCGGAGUUGAGCACCAGCGCGGAGUCUUUACGCACAGAGACCCCCUCUCCUCCGAGGAUUUCCACCUGCGGUUUGAUUCCUAAACCGGGGUUUCUCAACAGUCCACACAGCAUGGUUGGAUUACACCCGCAGACCACCGCAGGAAUCCCCGCACAGGCUCUGUACGGUCAUCCCAUGUACACUUACUCCGCGGCUGCGCUCGCAGGCCAACACCCUGCCCUGUCCUACUCCUCCUACCCGCACGGCUCCCAUCAUCACCACAACGAUCCCAUCAAACUGACAGCCAGCACCUUCCAGCUGGACCACUGGCUGCGGGUCUCCACGGCCGGGAUGAUGCUGCCCAAAAUGUCAGACUUUAAUUCUCAGGCGCAGUCCAACUUGCUGGGCAAAUGCAGAAGACCAAGAACUGCUUUCACGAGUCAGCAGCUGCUGGAGCUGGAGCAUCAGUUCAAACUGAACAAGUACCUGUCCCGACCCAAGCGCUUUGAAGUGGCCACGUCCCUCAUGCUCACAGAAACUCAGGUGAAAAUCUGGUUCCAGAACAGACGCAUGAAGUGGAAGAGGAGUAAGAAGGCCAAAGAGCAGGCGGCCCAGGAGGCCGAGAACAAGAAGGGCAGCAAGAGCAGCCAGGAGAAAUCCGAGGGACUCGAACAGUCGGACUAUAAAAGCAAGACAGACUCAAAAAACGGCAGAAUAAGAGACUUCAGAGACAGUGACGACGACGACGAGGGCGAUCACUUCCUGUACAACUCGUCGGACUGCUCAUCGGACGACGAAAGGAACCACGGCAGCGACAUCAGCCCGCAGCCCUGAAGACGGAGAGGGCCGGAGGUGACGAGCUCCGUUUAUAAAGACUGAUGCAGCUGCAUGUAAUCCUCCAAUGAACCUUAUGAGCAUUUGUUUUGUCCAGAAGAAUAUAAAUUAGGGUCAAAUAUAUUCAACAGUUUGAUCAACGUGAAAAGCAAUAAUUCAGGAGAGCUCCCUCACCUUUCAGCACUCGGCUGCAGGUGAACUGUGACUCAUUGCAUGGUUUUUAAUUCGCUGUAAACUGGCUCAGGAUUCUAUAGGAUGCUUCAUUAUUAGGCAAUAAAGUUCAAUAAUAUCCUACAGCUCACACCACAACUGAUGGUUCAAUGUCUGUUC